AUGCCGUGGCCGACCUGGUUGACGUGGUAUAAGAAGCCCGAGUACCGUGACAUCAAAGAGUAUUCGACUGCCGUCGGCUCCGGAACGCGUUCCUUCAGCCCUGAUGGACGUGGUGGCAUGAUCCCCAGCCAACUCAAGCUGGAACGAGUGCUUGAGAAUAAGACAUGCAGUCCCAUGUCCCUUUUUGAUUUCUACAUGUACCUGAAACAUAUAGAGUACUCCGAGGAGAACCUCGAAUUCUACAUCUGGUACAAGGACUUCGAGCGAAACCAUGACGCUGCUCGAAUGGAAAGGGAAGGAAAUGGUGGAAACCAUGGUGCUUCCCGGGGGUUCGCCGAUGGCGCUCCAGUGGUGCCAGGUGCCAAUCCUCGAGCGCCGUCAGUGAAGUCGUCGGCAGAUGAGGCUGGCGAGGCAAACGCUGUUCUGAACCGGAUCGCAUGGCUUCUCGGCUCCGGCGCGCCAUGCACACAGGCUUCCAAGUGCCAGAGUACCCGAGGCAGCCAUCGUCCUUUGCCGUCCAGAACCGGACAUGGGCAGGAGAUGCUUCUCGCCUCCGACGCCUCGUCGAGCACCAGCACCACGACCCUGGCACCGGCAAGCUCGGAAUCUGCCUGCGGCGAGGAGCUCACCGAGCUCGGCGUCAUCAGCCGCACUUUCCUUCGCCCCGGCGCACCCAAGGAGCUGAAUAUCCCCCCGGCCCUACGCUCCAAGGCGCUCGCCGGUUUGCAGGCCUCCGACCCAGGACACCUCCGUCCCGUUGCCGACCACGUCUAUCAGCUGCUUCGGACCUGCUCGCACCGUAACUUUGUCCGCCUCGGCGUCUCCAACGGCACUUUUGAGACGAUAUGCGUCGCCACGGGCCUUGGCAUCUUCCUCACUCUCGCCGGCUUCCUCAGCGUUCUGCUAUUCGCUUUCGUCCCCCAUCGCGCCUACCACUCGUCCUGGACCGUGCUUGGUGCCUGGCCCAUGUGGUCGAUAGGCAUGAGCCUCAUCAUGUCUGGUCUGCGAGGCAGCUGCUUCUUCCUCUUGCUCUUUUCGCGCCGUCAACCGUUGCCCUGGGAGCGCUUCACCGACGCCGAGAUGGGCGCGACACAACGCCGGGGACUGUUGCGUCUGCUAUCUCGCCUCAUGAUCUUUGACCGCAAGUUUCGCGUCAAGGAUGUUCAUCUUCGCCAUCUGCAGCACAAGAUUGUCGUCCAGAGCCUCGUUGCCGGCGCCUCCUUCGCCACCUGCAGCGCCUUGCUCUUCAUUUUCUUGCCCGUCUGGUCGAACUCGUCGUAA